AUGCAGUGCGACCGGUAUUUAUAUGAACCUCCUGAUUUUUCAGGUCAACAUCACCACCACAAAAUGGAUGCCAUGAAGAUUUUGGAAGCCAAUCAUUUUGUAUGCGUGAACAAACUUGGGUUUGGCGACUUGUACAAAAUGAUUGACUUAUUUGGCCGAGAAGUUGCCGUGAAAAUUGUUCCCCUAGAAGUCGCCAGGAAAAGCGAGAUUGAAAUUUGGCCAAAAUUGUCUUAUCCAAACAUUAUCCCCCUCCUUCUUAACUUCCAUAGCCCGAAUGUAGCUAUUUUUGUGAUGCCCAUUCAGCGGAACACUUUGCUACAUACAGUCCUAGACAGGCAUUUUUUUAAUCAAUCAGGUGCCCUAGACUGCUUAAAAUCGUGGCUUCAUGGCACUCUUUGUGGUCUGAAUUAUUUGCACUCAAACGAUAUCGGUCACUUGGAUCUGAAAGCAGAUAAUGUACUGAUUUCGUAUGAUAACAGAGCUGUUAUCAGCGAUUUCUCUUUCCUUACCUCAACAUCGAAGGCAAUACCAAGGUGA